AUGGCAGCUGAAAGCAAUGGAAGUCUUGACCUAUCUGUCUUCCUGACUGGCAUCCCAGGAUUGGAGGCCCAACAUGGCUGGUUUUCCAUUCCUUUCUUCACUGUGUAUAUUGUGGCCAUUGUGGGUAACAACCUAAUCAUGGCAGCAGUGCAGGCAGACCCUGCCCUACACGAGCCCAUGUACUUGUUUAUCUCCAUGUUGGCUGUGACAGAGGUGGGUGUUUCUGUGUCUACACUGCCCACUGUCAUGGGUAUUCUUUGGUUUGAUGCCCGCCAGAUUGACUUGGAUGGCUGCCUGGCUCAGAUGUUCUUCAUCCACACUUUCUCCUGCAUGGAAUCAGGGGUCCUGUUGGCCAUGAGUUAUGACCGUUUUGUAGCCAUCUACAGUCCACUGGGAUAUACAGCCAUCCUAACCCUGCCACGUAUCAUUUGCAUGGGUCUGGGCAUCACACUGAAGAGUGUGACGCUCAUGGCCCCACUUCCAGUCCUUUUGAAACAACUGCCCUAUUGCCACACCAGUGUACUCUCGCAUUCCUACUGCCUCCACUCAGACCUGAUCCAGCUGCCUUGUGCUGAUACGAAGCUCAGUAGCAUCCUGGGUUUGGCCAUUGUCCUGGCCACUUUUGGGCUGGACUCACUGCUUAUCAUUGUCUCUUAUGUGCUGAUUCUUUACACGGUGCUGGGCAUUGCUUCUGGGGAGGGUCGGCGGAAGGCCCUCAACACGUGUGUGUCACAUAUCUGUGCAGUGCUCAUGUACUACGUGCCCAUGAUUGGUGUGUCUGUGAUGCAUCGUACUGCCAAGCAUGCCUCACCCCUGGUCCACACACUCAUGUCUAGCGUCUACCUCUUUGUGCCUCCUGUGCUCAACCCCAUCAUCUACAGUGUCAAGACCAAGCCAAUCCGACAGGGGAUUUUCACCUUGUUCUCCUGCAAGAGGAAAUUUCUCUGAAUCCCUCCAAUAGGGCAGAGACUUUGGGUCCAUCUAUAAACUGAUGGUGUUUCUGCUGUGGGCCGGGAUGUACAGCAGACAUUUAGUGGAGGAAUAGGAAUGAGGGAUUCUAAGCAUUGUCACAGGCUUGACCUUGGAUCACAGGUGUUCUCCCUAGUCCUUUUUAUUUCACAACUUGUCAACAUGUGUGGGUCUCUGCAUGUGUGUACAUGCACGUCAGAUGUAAUCAGUGUGAAGGCAGAGAUAGUGAAUUUCAUUUUUUCAUUUCCCCUCAAAAGUCCCAGCAAAAAGCCUGAUAACUAGCAAGAUAACAGUAAAGACUUGAGACCUAAUCAUGUUUGAAUUGAGGUGAAACAAAUUACUGCUUUUAAUAGGUCAGGCAAGGAUUAAGAAUAUACCCCAAGCAGGAAAGAUCA